AUGCCAGCAGGAGGCGGCGCCGAGUCUCCGGGGCCGCGGCAACGAGGAGCCACACCUGGGCCACACCUGAGGGCCGCGGCGGCCGGCCCUCGCCAGCCCCCAGCCGCCAUCUGUAUGCACGUCGCGGCGGCAUACAGAGCAGUAGCCCAGCAGCAGGGCCUGCGCCGCCCCGCCUCCUGCUACUCCAGCGACACCUUCCCGCCCGCCCCGGCCGCCCACCGCCCUCCCGCCACGCCCCCGGCACCUCCAGCACACAAAAAACGCCCCUGUGCCCCGCCAGCCGCCGCAGAGCCUCCGCAGCGCCCUGGUGUAGGUAGUGUGGCACGCGUCGGCCAUACGCCACACGCCCCGCCCCGCCCCGCCCACCCAGGCCACCCGCCACCCACUCAGCCCACACAGCCAGCCCACCCGCCCCGACUGUCCACCUGCGAGAGGCCGGACAAAGCUCGGACAAACACACAGACAAUUUUAACCAAAACUGAAUAG